UGUCUACACAAACUUGUGUUCCAAUUUUAAUUUUUACCGGACAUUGUUGAAUUGUAGAAAAUAAUAAUAUUGUAUCAUCUGGUGAACUGGAAAACAAAAUGGAAGAAAAUGGGCAUAAAGAGCAUCUCAUAGUGAAGCAUAGGGAGGAGUUGUUUAUGGUAUAUUUCAGUACUGUUGUGGCUGUUUGUGGCUCUUAUGCAUUUGGAACAUGUGUUGGAUAUUCAUCUCCCACACAAUUUUCUAUAAUGGAUGAACUUAGCCUCUCCUUUUCUCAGUACUCCAUUUUUGGAUCAAUAUUAACAACUGGUGCAAUGCUUGGUGCAAUCACUGGGGGACGAAUUGCAGAUUUUUUAGGCCGAAAAGGAGCGAUGAGGCUAUCAUCUGUAAUAUGUGGUGCUGGAUGGUUAGCAAUCUACCUUGCUAAGGAACCGAUGGUACUAUACUUGGGGAGAUUUUUAGCAGGCUAUAGCAUUGGUAUUAUUUCUUAUGUGGUUCCAAUGUUCGUUGGAGAAAUAUCGCCAAAUAAAUUGCGAGGAGCACUAUCCUCCACUAAUCAGAUGCAGGUCAAAUAG